UGGCCCCGUCUGACAGUAAUUGAUUGCUGGUGGAAAGGUAUAAAAGCAGUGGCCAGGCCCCAAGGUUUGCCAGACAGCUCAGGGAGGCUUUCACUCUGGACAGCAGCACAGUGGACAGAGGCCUGGCACAUCGUCCUUGUUGUCCUUCUCACAGCAAUCUGGCUCCGGACACUGGCUCCAACUCCUCGACCCUCAGCCCUUGGCCCUGAGUUUCCUGGGCGCUUCCUGAGGACUUCCUUCCUCAUCCAUCUCCCCUGCUACCCCCAGACUUUCUCAGCUACAGGUCGCUGCCUCCCUGUCACCGGCAGCUAUGAGGUCCCGGCUUUUGCUUUCUGUGGCCCUCCUGCCCACAAUUCGGGAGACCUCGGAGGAGAUGCUACCCGGAGGGGCUGGAGAGGAACCCCCCGCCUCCCCCAGCCUGGAUGACUACGUGAGGUCCAUUUGUCAGCUGGCACAGCCCACCUCAGUGCUGGAUGAGGCUGCAGCGAGGGUGCGAACCAGCAGACCCCACCGGCCAGCCCGUCCCUGUGCGAAGAGCUGCCCCACUGGGUCUCUACAGGACAUCACCACUCGCUUCACUGGCCAGCAGCCCUCCCUGCCUGGGACUGGCACUGUGGACCCCCUGGACUGGCUCUUUGGGGAGUCCCAGGAGAAGCGGCCAAGUAGAAGGGAUGUGCCAAGGAGGACUGGACCCUCCGCUGAUCCCCGGGCUUCUCGCAGACAGAUGGACAGUGGCAAGGCCCCAGCGACCCCCAGAGGGAGGCUGAGUGAUGCCAAGGCUCCAGGGCACUCUCUGCAGAGAACGUCGAGGGACUGGCACCAGUGCUCCCAGGCUUCUGGGCAGCCUGGGCAGGAUGCGGGCUCCCCCACAAGCCCCCGCCCCAGCAGCAUCCUCAGAACUCUCUAUUUGCACCUCCCGGUGAUCCAUGAACUCUGACACCUCCCCAAUAAAGACUUCUGUAAAUAGCA